AUGUCUGUUUGUUAUAAGUCGUUAAUAGACAGAGCUUAUGCUUUACAACAAUCUGUGGAAUUAUAUUUUGGAAUGAUCCAAAAUUCUCUCUCUUAUAAUUCACUUCCACACCAACAUUUAGAUGAUGUCACUAUGAAUUCUCCAGUUCACAAUCCCACUUGGGGUGGACAGACAAAUAAUAUAACUAACUUUCCAGUUCAACCACCGUACACCUCAAGCUCAUAUUCUUCAGUAAAUUUGUCGGCUGUUCUUACCGAUAUUUUUCAGUCUAAUAACACUGCAGUCAGUAAUCAAGAGUUGAUUAAUGAGUACAAACGAGUUUCCGGUGUGGCUUUUGAACAGUCUAAUCAGCUUCCGAGUACUUAUGUAUCUGAGAGUCAAGCCCAAACCAGUUUACAGUUACCAGUGGACUUGACAAACUCAGAAAAAAAUAAAACCACCGAUCCCUUUAUUCUAACUUUGCCAUCACAUGUUGAGGCAAAAGCACACAACUCAGAUAAGUCAAAUAAAGAAAACCAUGACUAUUCCGCAAACAAAGAACUCAAUAGGUGUGAUCCAGCACAAAAGUCUGAACACAGUCGAAUUCCAACUCUGAAAGGAGAUAGAGAAUAUGCCUUCUCAAAUGCUACUGAACACAACAUGGUUUCUAACGUCGAUGUUCGAAAUGGCUUUGUUUCUCAAAAUCUAAAGCACGCAGCCAGCAAUAUGCUAUGUAGCUCAAUUAUUAAUUGCUCUCCAAGAUCUAAUAUAAAUAUAAGAAAAAAGGUUUAUUUUAAGUCAAAGCGUGUAAAAAAAUCAUUUACAUCAAAUUCGGUGCAGAACAACAACAACGUUUGUCCGGAAAACUCCUCUCCUAAGAAAUCCAAUUUCAGAGGGACUAGCGAGGAGGAAAAUAAAGUAGCUCCCAAUUUCAAACCGAUUGAAGUGAAUAGUCAAAUAUUACUAUCUGAAGCUCAUCCAAAUGUGAAAUUAUCCAAAGAUAUAUUUUAUAGUUUAAUUGUAAAAUCAUCUGGAAGUGCUACGCGAUUAAUCAGAUUACUGAUGAAAAGUUUUUUUACACAAGAUGAAUUGGCUGCUUCAUCAUUAUCUGGUGAAGGUAUUUAUAAACAGCGCCUAGAACCAAGUGUUACGGAAGCAAUUAAAAUAUUUAUACGUCAAAGACAUCCACAAUUAAAAACUGGAUCAAUUAAUUUAUGUAUGACAGAUGUAUGUGUUCAAGCUAGAAGAGUUGCUAAUAAUCAAAGAAGUCGACAACAUCCUUUAAGAAAUUCACCAACUAUGCAAGAAUCUUUAAAAUCACAUAGAAAUUGUACAAAUGACCAAGAAGAAUGUGAUAAUCUAUUAGGACUUAAAAGUCGAACAAAUAAUUCAAUUCGUUCAAAUUCAACUGGGAAAUUGCAAAAACAUAAUCAUGAUAUUAUAACAACAACAACUACUACUACUACUUCUACUGCACCUUCAACAAAUUCUAUAACAAAUGAAUACGAUUCUAAUUAUUGUAUAGAAAUGUCAAAAUCUGAAAUUAAUGAUACACAUUUUUCAGAAUCAGAAAAUGAUGAACCUAUUUUACAAAUAGUUGAUGAACGAAAUGAAACGGCUUCAGAUAAUGUUGGUACACCAGCAUCGUGUUCAGUUAAUUCGUUUAUGUCAGAUCAAAAAUGAAAUUGAAUAUCAAAUUUUAAAAAAAGAAAAGAAUGAUAAAAAACAAAAACAAAAAUUAACUGGUAAACUAUUCAUAAUCUAUUGCAGGCUGUGCAUGUUUCUCACUAUCUCAAUACUUUAUUGAAUCCUCUUCUUAAUUUUGUUAAUUUAUUGCAUACAUAAUUGUGAAUAUACAAUGUGUUUUCUUUUCUUUUGUUUGUUACCAUUUUCACCAUAAUAGUAACUAAAUGAUAAUCGAUAGUAAUAGAAACAAAACAAAUCACAUUUAUAUUGGAUUCAAAUGAGCUAAUCAUGUCAAAUUGUCUUUUCUCUCCCUCCCCCCUCUCUCUUUAAUGAAAACCAAUAAAACUUUGUGUGUGAUAUAAGUCAUUAGGUUCUAUUAGUUUAGUUUACAGUAUAUUUAUAUUGAAUUUCUUUGACAUUAAUGCAGCAUGACAUGUUUAGUUCUUUAUUUUUGUCUUUCUUAUGUUUCAGAUCAUCUUCAAUUAAUCUUAUUGACUUUUAUUAUCGUUUUUUUCUUGAUUUUAGCACUACUACUAUUGUCUUUUGUAUUUCAGCCAAUUUAUCUAUUGUGUGUUAUUUUGUUUUUUGUUUUAGAAGGCAGCUUCGGUUAGGAAGUCUUUUUUUAAAAGAGCAACGUUUCUGUUAAUAUUCUUACUUGCCGCUACUUCAGUUUGUUCUUCUCUUUAAUCCAAUGUAAAAGGUUGCCUUUUAUUUUCAAAUUGAAUUUUAUUUUUCAAUCCCUUCCAAUAAGAAAUCUUUUUCUUGAAUAAAACUGAAGUCAUAUAGAAAAAAAACUAAUAAAAAAUCGUUUUAAAGAACAAUAUAUAACUAUCCAUAAUACUUAGUUUGAAUUGAUUCUGUUGUACUAAACACUCUUUUUUUCCAAAAAAACAUUAUAUCAAUGAAUAUACUUUAUAAGUAUUGAGAACGUUUUGAAGAGAAAUUGCAUAUUAACUAUGAUUGAUAGUGCUUCCGGAAUGUUAACUUAUUUCAAUAUCCUAACAAAGUUUUAUAAAUUAUGUUUGACUUAUUAAAACUUUCAAUAACAUUAGUUUAUUCUAUAUGGUUUAUUUAUAAGAUUAAUAUUAUUACUUAUAAUAAUAGACCAUAUAUGUAACACUAAUAAAGAAUUAUCGGAUUAUGUAAUGAAUUCAUAAUAAUAUAAGACUAUUUGAUAAUGACUUAUUCUCUUACUGUGACAUCUAAAAAAUUCUUAGUAUUCUAUCUUGUUUUUACUCGUAAAAUGAAUUACCAUUCCAAAUGUAGUUGAUUGUUUGUUUGUUUUCUUUUCUUUCUUUCCAUAACCGAAACUAUUUCAUCUCAUUGUAAUUUUG